GAGUUCUUAGUUUCUGUUUGUUCUACCCCUAUCUUCCCUGCAUCAAAUUGGUCAGAGCUAUGGCUGGUUGUGGCAGAGGAAACAAAGGCUUACAAGCAGAAUUAACUGAGAUGCGAUGUAUGAUUGAGGACAUGUCGCAAGCUGUGCAAGCUUUACAGCAACAGGAACACAUGGGAGCCCGUAUGGAGAUGCUGGAAGGUGACCAUAACCUUGCAGACACACUGGAAGGUAGUCUGGAGGAUGAGUCCGUGGAUGGAAGGGAUGAUAACCCUUUUCAUGAUGCUGGAACCACAAACCAAGUGGCGAGAGGUGGAUUGGAAGAGUGGUUGAUACAUGUCCUUGAUUUGUUUGAAGAGGAAGGUGGUGACAUGUUAGAACCAGUUUAUGAUGUUUAUAGUGAUGAAAUUGAAGAAGUGAACAUUCUUUCAAUUCUGGAAGAAUCUUUAAUGAUUCAAGGAAUUAUGGCAAUAACUAACGAAGAAAGACAAGAUUGGAGAAGUCAUUCUUUAAAGGAAGACAAUCAAUAAAAAAAAUAUCUAGCUGACAGCAGGAUAAUUGGUUACGCAUCUAAUGAGAAAUUUGAAGCUAAAAGUCAAGAGGCAAGAGUCAUAUAUGCUGUUCUAAAUAAGCUAUCAGGAGAAGAACAAAAAGGAGAAAAUUCUAUGCAACCUAAUGAAAAUCUGCAGCUAUUAGAAGAGAUCAAAGGGUCAGAAAAUAAGCAACUACCAGAAGGGAUGCUGUCAAUGUUGAACAUUCAACAUGCCUUUGAUUUUAUUCCAGCAGCAAGUUUAACUAAUCUGCCUACCUACAACUUUGAAUUAUACACAAAAAUGGCAGACUUCUCUCCUUGUUCUAAAAUUUCAGAUGCCACACAAGUUGUUGAUUCAUUUCUAGAAGAGGUGGUGAGACUACAUUGCAUUCCAACAUCCAUUGUUUGUUAUAGGGGUGUAAAGUUUAAGAGACAUUCUUGGAGUACUUCAUGGAAGAAAACUGCUCUGGAUAAAUAUGCUAAAUACAAGACCUUCGAUUUGAACCUAGCACAAUUUCCAACCUGGGGAGAAGGAUGUGGGAGCAUAGAGUUAUUUUUAAUGAUUAGUUUUAGGGCUGUUUGUUUUGCAUUAAGUUUGAGUUUUAUUUGGAGUCUUAAGUUUUAAUUUUAGGAAAGUCAUGUGGAU